AUGGACGCCUUGCCCAAGAUCAAGUGCUCUGACUGCCAUGCGGAGGUCGAGCUGGUCACGCUUGGAGACCAUGUUUGCUCAAAAGUCGCGAGUCCUACGGUGACAACCUCACCUGUUGAAGAGAAGUUGUCUGUGUCAGAAUUCAACGAACAUGGCCCGCCACCGAAAAGGAGCCUCAGUCGUGAAUCGCUGUUCAACAGACUAGGACGUGUGCAGCCUCCUCCAAAGAUAGAUCCAACAGCUGCCAAUCGACCAUAUCUGACACAUGGUACACAGCUCUCUCCUGGGGGGUUUGGUGCACUCACUCCGCUCUCUGCCUCGCCACUUUCACCUCUCCAGCAACUGCAGCGAAGCCAUACCAGCCCUACUAUUCCACCACCAUCGCCUGUCGCUGCCGUUGUGCCUGAAGGCAAGGCGAAUCUGGACUGUGCUUUUCCCCCGUUCCCCAGGCCAGCCUCUGCAGGCGGAUCAAAGGCUAAAAAGAUUGCUGCAUCUAUAAACACCAAUGUUUCCUCUCACAGAGGCAUUACUUCCCCUUCUCCUUCAGAUGGUAGCUUCAUGUCUCCAUCAACAGAUGGUCGGAGCUCACGCCCAACCACGGCCAACAGGCAUAGACGGGAGGCAUCAAUAGACAGCAAGAGCUUUCAGCGUAUAUCCAUGGCCAGUUCCAGAAAUGGACAUAAUCUCCCAUCUCCAGUCUCAUCUCGCAGAUCGUCCCGAGGCCGGUUUGGGGACGACAGUAUUCCUCCGAUUCCGUCGGGGCCUAUCACCGCCCUUGCCAGUAGCCCCGUGUUUUCAUCUGGAAAUUCGGAGCCGUUUUAUUUCGGCAGUAAUAAUAAUGACGAUAGCAAUAAUCGGGACCCUGGUUUUGGGGGAGAGCUUCCUCCUAGAGAUAAAGUACGAAAAAUGGACGGCAUGGAAGGCCUAGAUUUUGGUUUCACUACUAGGACCAAAUCCCCCGAGAUGAUGGACGGUGAUGAUAAAUCAGAAAAUAUGGACGGUUCAGACAAAUGUCCAGACAGCCCUGGUCCAUCUAUUCCCGAGCAUAAAGUCGAUAGGGAGUUCUCCGUCUCCAAUUUCGCCAGUGGCCUAGGGCUCGGAGAUCCAUAUCAUUCCACCAACGACUCAACUUCGUCUUCUAACUCCUCCCCAUCUGAGGCACCGUCAAACAGUUCUUUCUCGAGCAGACCCUCACAAUCGUCAAGCGUCUCCGAACCCAAGUCAGCCCUAUCAGAUAAAAAUAAUACCGACCAUCUAAGUCUUCUUGAAGAAGAGCCACUAGUACGACCUAUUGCAGACCCAUAUGCCUAUGACCUCGACUCUCCAACUGACCCUCUAUUCCAGCAAGGUCGACUUUCAGAUCCAUCGGCCAAUUUACGCCCAUCGAGCAGAGAGAGAGAAUAUGCUCCCCCGCCGCGGCUCGAGGCAGUGCCACCAAAAAAGUAUACCCCGUACCGCUCUCCAACUCCAUCUCCAGGCUUGCAACGUCCUUCUUUUGAUCAACAGCAACAACAAUCUCCGCCACCGCCGCCAUCACCACCACCAGAGCCUCAGCCUGAGUCACAGCCAGAGUUGCAGCAGCAACAGCCUCCUCCAGAACCGCAAGAAAAAGAACCACAAUCGCAACCGCAACCUCCACCCUCCCGGUCCGCAACCCCCGGGAAACGUCGCCAUCCUUGUCGUGGCUGUGGUGAGAUUAUCACCGGGAAAUCAGUGUCCUCUGCGGAUGGCCGUUUGACAGGCCGCUACCAUAAGGCUUGUUUCGUCUGCCAUACUUGCCGCUCUCCUUUCCAGACAGCAGACUUUUAUGUCCUUGACAACCAUCCUUACUGUGCGGCAGAUUACCACAGACUCAAUGGCACCCUUUGUGCAGAAUGUGGCGAAGGAAUCGAGGGUCCCUGCCUAGAGGCAGAAGAUUUCAGUCCCGAUAACGCGAACAAGAAGAGCCAAAAGUUCCAUCCGGACUGCUUUAAGUGCCGCACCUGCCGUGUCGUAUUGAGAGGUGAUUACUUUGAGUGGAACGGGAAUGCAUACUGUGAACGUGAUGGCAGACGAGCCGCGGGUAUGAUGCCUCCGCGCUCACCAGGUUACCCUCCACCACACAAUUACCAUGGUCAACACCCUCCGUCCCCAUUAUCGAUGCACCCCGUCGGACCCCAUGGCCAUCCAGGCCCUGGUCCCGGCUCUAGCCCAGGGUACAGGAGGCCACCGUACGCUUCCUCACCACUCGCAGGCCCUCCACCUAACGGCCGUGGUGACCCGCGAUUUAGGCCAAUGAACCCAUCAUCUCUUCGACCCAGGCCUGAUCAACGUAGACAGCACCCCUCACAACAGCAGUUUGCGAACUCCCCAUCACUUUCCCCGAGCCCUGGAAACGGCGCACCUGAAAACGGAUCAAACCCUCCCGGUAGAAAAUUCCCAGAGCGACGAACUACCAAGCUGAUGAUGGUAUAA